CUUAAGCGCUCCGGAACGCUUAAGGAAUGCCGGAUCAGUUCGCAUCCGAACUGCUUGGGUAAGCCGCAUCUGGGCGAGCUAAACCUCGGGAUUGUCGGUGUUUUCGGUGAUCGUUGUCUGGCUUGUCAGUGUUGACAGCGCUUUUGUCGAUAGCUGAGCUUGGAACGAGAUCACGACAAUGGCUACAGCACGACGCCGUUCGCAUGCAAGGUUGCAGUUGCAAGUUAACAGGACGUUAUAUGUGAGGAAUCUACCUUGCAACAUAACGGAAAAUGAAAUCUAUACUAUCUUUGGCAAACACGGCUCGAUAGACUCUAUCAGAUUGGGCCGAACAUCCGAGUCUAUCGGCACAGCCUUCGUUGUUUACGAAGACGUGUUCCAUGCGCAAAAUGCUUAUGACUGCUUGAAAGGCGUCAGAGUUAGUGGUCAAUAUCUGGUGAUCUUCUACUAUCGCUACAAUGCUUCUACUCAACGUCACGAUGUUGGUAGAUUGAAGAAGAAGAUAGACAAGAUUGGAAAGGUCAGGCUUGAUCUUGAGCGAUGAUCGAAGACAAUUUCUAUUUUUUCGUACUUAAUUAUUAUCAUUUAAAAAGUCUAAAUGUGUGAAGGAACCAAGAAACAUUAGGGCAAAUUGCCUUAUAUCACUUCGUUUCAAAUCAUGGCGAGUACUAACCGACAGAAGAAUAUUAUUUGUUUAAAGUAAUAUUAGUUUGCCUACUUUUUAAAGUGUCUCGAAAACUGUUUUAAUUGCUUUUAUUUACAAGCAAUUUAAGCAAUGAGUCAUCCGUUUUUGAAAAAAUUGAAAAGAGAAAUUUUUUCUACUCUACAUUCCUUAUAUUUGUAGGAAUUUAAAUGUCUAAAUAUAGAUUAAGUCUUUUUCUUUUA